AUGAGCACCGACUCUAUCUGCAGGCCAGAGCUGGACUCGGAGAACCCUGGCGAGCUGGCUGACCUGGUGGCAGCCAUGAACGUGACCGCCAACCGCAUGACGCCUCCUAAUGGCUACAGGUCAGGUCCCCCGAGGACCAACAGCUCUCACAGAGGUCGAACCUCAGACAGGAAGAUGUCACUGCAGGAGAAGGGGAGCCGCAUAGCCCGACAGCGCACCAUCGAGACCAAACGUGUGUCCAUCACAGAUGCUGAUGAUUGUGUCCAGCUCAACCAGUAUAAGUUGAACCAAGAAAUUGGAAAGGGUUCAUACGGAGUGGUGAAAUUAGCUUAUAAUGAAGAUUCUGAACAGUACUAUGCGAUGAAAGUCGUUUCAAAGAAGAGGCUGAUGAGGCUGUGUGGAUUUUUGCGCCGCCUGCCUCCUCAAGGAUCAAACUCGCAGCAGGAUCCAUUCCCUAAAGCCUCGUUGCCUCUGGAGAAAGUGUACAAGGAGAUCGCCAUCCUGAAGAAGCUGGACCAUCAUAAUGUCGUUAAACUAGUGGAGGUGCUUGAUGAUCCUGAUGAAGAUGGACUUCAUAUGGCUUUCGAAUUGAUGACAAAAGGUCCAGUGAUGGAGGUUCCUACAGAUGACCCUUUCACAGAGGACCAGGCUCGCUUUUAUUUCAGAGACAUCGUCCUGGGGAUAGAGUACUUGCACUACCACAAGAUCAUCCACAGGGACAUUAAACCCUCCAACCUGCUGCUGGGAGACGACGGUCACGUCAAGAUCGCAGACUUUGGUGUGAGCAACGAGUUUGAGGGGACGGACGCCCUCCUGUCAAGCACUGCGGGGACACCGGCCUUCAUGGCCCCUGAGAUGAUGACCGAACAUGAGCAGUGCUUCAGUGGAAAGGCGUUAGACGUGUGGGCGAUGGGAGUCACACUAUACUGUUUUGUCUAUGGGAAGUGUCCUUUUUAUGACGAAUACAUCGUCUCUCUGCACAACAAGAUCAAGAACAAACCUGUGGAGUUUCCAGAGACGCCGCUGAUAAGUAAUGAAUUAAAAGAGCUCAUUGAAAGGAUGCUGGAUAAAAACCCUGAAACAAGAAUCACCGUCCCUCAAAUUAAGCUCCAUCCGUGGGUGACAGAGAACGGCUCCAAUCCUCUUCCUCUGGAGGAGGAGCACUGUACAGCGGUGGAGGUCACCGAGGAGGAGGUGCAGAACAGCGUCAAACUCAUCCCCAGCCUUUCCACUGUGAUUCUAGUGAAGUCCAUGCUGAGGAAGCGGUCUUUCGGUAAUCCCUUUGAGUGUCAGGGCAGACGGGCGGAGAGGUCCAUGUCUGCCCCUGGAGGUCUUCUUACUGGUACUUGGGGCUUAUUGGGGUCUUCGCCUCACCUUCAUCCUUCCUUGAGGUAA